AUGAGCUGUUAUUGCUUACGCUGCUCGCGGACGCCAUUUCCUUCUCCGCUAAAGUUGUUUAACCUUGGCCAGAACAAAGAGAAGGCUGCACGGGAAGAGCUCUCUAGGGUUUCGGAGCAGAAGAAAGAAGCUGAAGAUGCACACACGGCACGGACGAAGGACCUUGAAAAGAAAGCUGAGCUGGCGUCCGAAGCGGAAAAGCGGGCAAGGACCCUGGUAUCCAGCCUCAAGAGAGAUCUUGAGAUACUAGGGCAGAAGGAGGAAUGUUCUCGUUCUGAAGCUACGGCUGUUCUAGCAGGGAGAACUUCUCUGUUAGACGAGCUGAAGGAGAUUGGAAGACUUGAGAAAACCUACGAGGAAACCUGCGAAAUCCUACAGACGCGGCAAUCGCAAGUGAAGAUCAGGCAGCAAGCGAAGGUUAUCCAGGAUUACAUGGUCAAGAUGGAUCAGAAAGACAGAGAGAAAGUCAUUGAGCUGAAGGACAUCAUCAUCUCAAAGAUAUCCACGGAGAAACAGAUCCAGAGUGAAGCCCCAGAUCCAGCCUCAGUAGCUCGUCUGAAAGCGGAAGUUUCUGAGGCGAAUCUUAGGUAUGAGAAGACGAAGGCCGAUUGGGAAGAAACACAAGAGAAGUUGAAGAGAGAGAUUGCGGAACUAAGAUCGAGCCUAGACGCCAUCGGUAUGAAACCGUCCUCCGUUUCAAGAGGAACGGACGUCAAGCACCUGACUGAGACACUGAACAAGGGGACAGUGACCGACUUCCAACGCCUUAAGCUUGAAAAAGCCACCCAAAGUUCUCUCGACCACGUCAAGAUCUCAGAUGAUCCAAAAGGAAGAGUUCAAGAAGCAGACACUUUCACACAAUCCAUCAAAGGAGAAUCAAUUGAAUGGAAGACAAGUGACCUGAGAGAUACUUUCGAGGAAGGCGUUGACGCCUGGGAAGACGGCAAUCAGAAGGGUUCGGAGCUGGCUGCCCCGGCGAAAACAACCCCUCUCACCAGUACUGGCGGCUGUGUCCUUACAAAAGAAGGGACUGAUCCAGAUGACGCGGAAGCUCAGCUAAAGGAAGCUAGCCGUAAAGAUCCCGAGAACAUCGACAGCCAUGCGCGCGCGCACCUAGGUGGAACUACCGAGGAGGCCGCUGCAGUGUCAGAGGACCAAAACGAGCGUCGUUCGUCCUUCGAACAUAGCUCCGUAGAAGCCGAAAAAGAGGGCCUUAGAUUUGUCUCUGAACAAGCUGCAGGCGAUCUCGAAGCUGCUCCUCGUAAGGCAGCUGAAACGGCUGCAACCGAGUCCCCUGAAGAUUUCCAAAUGACUGCUGAGCCAAAGGAGUCGCAUAAUGAGCCGGAGAGAAGACAGGAAACAGGGCCGCCUUAUUUCCAAAAUCCAAAACCGUCUCGCAAUCAGGAAAGGAAAGGUGAGAACGAAUUGAGUUUUUCGAUCCCGUUGACGCUAAAGGAUGACAGAAGAUCAGACCAAGCAUCGCCGUCCUGGUUGACGACAACUGCUAACGAAGGAGAGAGCGUUCAGAGUGGACACGCGUUAGAGGUGGAGAACCGGACGGCGGAGGCGAGUGAGCCAACGCAGUCACCUUCGUUUCUUCCGGCUGCUCGUCUGGAAGGGAAGGAAGCGGAUUCAAAAAGAGACGAGGAGAGCGAAUUGGAGGUAUCCGUGCCGCAAGAUAGCGUGCAGCAAAAGAAGGUCUGGAGUAGCAUCCUUUCUCGUCUCGGCAAGCCUCCUGGAUCGUCGGGCCCAUCUUCACAGACUCGGACUCCUCCCCUCCCGAAUCACGUCAGUGAAGCGGUCGAACCUGAAGAGCCGGAUGGCGUCCCAGAUCCCCGUGGGGCAGCAGUCGAAACGGCGGCUCUUGAAGGAACUCAAAGAGAGGUUUCGGAACAACCUCAAGGGGAUGCUAGCAAUCAAGAGAGAGGCGGCAAGGAAUUGCAUCCAUCAAGCGUCGCACAGGACGGACCUGACGUUGUGCCCGGCGAGAUGAGAGAUCAUCCAAUCGCAGCCGAGGAAGGGAAUACGACGGAUCCCGGUAUCGAGGUCCUUGAAGUUCUGCCCCCGCGGUUCGCCGCAGAAGGGCGCAAAGACGUUUCUGAGGUCGGGCACGGCGCACUAGUAGAAACCGCUGGCCCAAAGCAAGAGUUCUUCGCUGCCGAGGUGCGUUCCGAGGUCGAGAAAGAGAGGAAGCAAGAAGAGAAAACAAGAGAGCUGGCAAGCAAAACCGAAGAUGAAAGAUCCGUUGCAGGCCUGUUGGACGAAUUGGGACCCGCUGAUCCUUCAGAGUUGCCUGCCAGCGCGAUCCCCGUGCAGGACCAGGAUCAAGCUCAGGCGGGAUGCUCGUGCGGAGAUCCGCCUUAUGGUCUAAUGGGUCGGAAGCUUUCUGCUGCGAAGAUUGCAAAGUGA